GCUAUUGCUUACUACUUCAGAGUAACAUACAUUUUAUUGAAGCUUCAAAUGGAUGGAUGGCAGCUUGUAAAUUCAGUGUUUAUUUUGUUGUUUUAUCAAUAUCUGCAUAUUCAGAAGGAUGCUGGUUUAGCAGUUGCUCCGGCCAGACAUACUACUUACCUAGGCUAAUAAUAUAAUUAACUUAAUUAGUGUUCCCUGGCAAAGUUUUAUCCUGUGACUCCUAUAUAUGUGCUGGAACAUUUCUUCCUCCGAUGCAUUACUUAAUUUGUGAUGUAUUAAAUGUGGCAAAUGCUGAAAUAUGUGGUUAAACAAGUAAGCAUUAUGAAGCAAUGGCUAAAGAAUACAUGCCGUCUGUUCAAGACGAUUCUUUUCAAUGCAGUUUUUGAGCCUUCCACUUAUAGUCAUCAAAGUUCAUCUGCUACAUUUGUUAGUUCUCUACAAGAUGAACAUCAGGAGAGGAUGACCUUUUGGAAAGAAAUGCUUGAAUUUGAUUUCCAGUGCCGCCUGUUGUUUGACAAAUUGUCCAGCUUUCAUGUUCUCAAUCUAAAUGAACAAUUUGCUGCGCAUACAAAUUUCAUGUUAUCUGUAAAGCUGAGCUAUGCCAUUGAUGGCAAUCUUAUGAAGUGUGGAGAACUCUUGCAAAAAUUGCAGAAGUUGAAAGCCUUUGGUUAUCAAGCUGUGCCUGGAACACCAAUAUUCAGGAAUGUCGUUUUAGAUAUACUUUGUUACAGACAGGAAUUAAUGAAUGCAGCUCAGGAAAUGGAGUUUCUCUGGAAAGAAAUGUAUGAACAAGAAAAGGUUUUGUUAGAAAUGGCAGAAUGUACCCAGGAAGGAUAUCAGGAUUUCCUCUUUGAAAACUGCAAAAUGUGUGGAAAUCUCCAGUCCUGGAAUCGACAAAAGUACAGAAAAAGUUUAUCAUGUCCGUUUCCCAAUUUUCUACACAAGCAACUAAAAACAGCUGAGCAUUCCCAGAAAACACAUUCUACUCAUCGUGUAGUUAUGAAUGCAACGGAUAAAACAGUGCUCAGUGAAUCAUUAAGCUUAAGAUUCUUCCAUGAUCAAUGUUUAGAACCUCUGAAAGCAGAAUCUUCCAAAAUGCAUGAUUUAAAUCACAAGAUAAAUCCUUGGUUAAGGCUGCCAUCGGCUGACUUUACAACAUCAAGUAGAGGAAAGCGAGUGUCACUGCAACCGUUGGCCAAAGUUAACAAGUUCCUGAAAGAUACCUCGAUUCAAACCCAAGAUAAAGAAGAGGGCAAAAUUGACCUAUCCACCAGUAGUCAUUCAAACUCCAAGGAAAUGCAAGACAAGUAUUGUGGACUCCAAGAAUGUGGUGUUCAAACUGAGCUCUCUUUUAGACCCAUUGGUUUGUUUUCCACAACAUCUCUAUUAGAAUCAAAUGACUCUUUCCUUAGCAGUUACAGUGAACCAAAUGAUCCUGACGCUAAGUCAAGUAUUUUUUGGGAUAGUUAUGACCUUCAUCUUUCCAGAAGAAUGCUUGAUAAUUCUGUGCAUUGGCAGCAAGACUGGGAUGUGAAGGAACAAAAUGAACUCCAAGGUAUUGAGGAUCGGUUGAAAUAUACUGAAGCCAUACUUAAGGAGGAGGAAACGGCACUCAGAGAAGAACAGGCACUGGAAGUUCUUCUGCGAGAGGAGCAGCAACCUAUGGACUGCAUAUUUAAUGGUGACGUGAAUAAAGGAAACUAUCUGCAGAACCAGGACAUACAGAAGACUAUGCAGAAUAAUUCCGUAACUAGAACAAAUCAGCUGUCUUCUACUCCAAAUGUAAACAUUGCCCAUAGGUGCACAAGUUUGGAUUCAUCUAGUCAACCAAGUAACUACUUUCCUGUUGAUUCUGUAAUGAAGCUAGAAAGCUGUGAACUUGGCAUGUCUGAUAGAAUUAUAAAGGAAUGUUGUGAGCUAGGAUACCAUGACGCUGUUAGAAAUGAUUGUCCCUUUAACAUAAGCAAUAAAAGGCUCUCAUUUCUGUCUCUGCUGCGGAGACGAGAAACCAGGUCGAGGGCGCAAAAAUUAAGCCAUACUUAAAGAUGGUAAAGACUGAAAAACGUCAUUAAAAUGAUUACCAGAGUAUACCUUGUACAUGCCAAACUUGUAAUUUCUUCUCUACUAAGAAAAUAAUUUGAGCCUUUGUAUUCAUUUGGAAAUUUACAUUUUUAAUGAGUGGAAUGAACCUUGGUGUAACUGAGUUUAGUUCUUCACAUGUAUUGUUGGAGUGCAGUUUUUUGUGUACCAUAUGAAAAUCUGGGUAUACAUACUGUAAAGAUCACAGUACUGUUUAGAUGUGUCUUAUAUUUAGUCUUCUUUUCUGUAUUUUUUUUUUUUUGUGAUUUGAUAAGAUUGGAUUAUCACUUUCUGCACUUUUUUAAUGCCCAAUAUAUGUAUGUUACCUAAAACUUAUUUAUGCUUAUCCACUUUUAGCUUAAUUUAUAAUUUUUGUCAAAUUAAAUAAUUGACCAAAAAAAUGUAUUUCAUUUGUAGUCUGUAUAACUUUUGAACCACACUGCUUGCACUGACUGAAAUUUAUAUAUAUAUUUUUUUAUGUUUGGUAAUAAUCACUGAAUGCUGUGUAUCAAUCACUAAAUCUGUACGUUUUAAGUAUAAGCACACCUAUUUAAAUCUAGCUUUAGAAGGCUUCAUGCAUGCAAAAUUGUCACUUGAUAAUUUGAUAGUUAUAAUUGUCUAUUGUUGUGUAAUUGUAAUUUCACUUUUGUAUGGAUAUCAUUGUCUAAGAUUUUUAAAAUGCUUCUCAAAUUAUAGAGCACUUUACACAACUUCUAAUUAAUACAGAUGCUGCACAUCCUCAAUAAAUUCAAAUAUUUUAUAAAAAA